UUAGCCGUAACAGAGCUGCAUCUGUCUGAGAGCAACAAUAACAAGCGUUACUCAGCGCUCUGAACAGGGUUAACAACCACCAUUAAUAGCCAAGAUGCGACCGUCCACAUAACCCCGGCCUUCCUUUUUGUGUCCUCUGAGCUGAAAACGGGGUAAUCUUCGCGGCUAAGGCCACGGAACAGCCACGGAGACUCGGCCGCAGGGCAGUCCGGGGCUGCAUCUGGGUCAGUGGGCCUGUUCAAGUGGUGGUUUAUCCUUUUAGCCCUUCAUCGAAACAUCGUGUCAGCCGAAUAAACUGCCCAAAUAUGCAGGCUAACGGGGCAGGACAGGCGCGGGACUCUGAUAUGUCCUACCGAAACGGAGCCCAGAACGGUGAGUCGUCCUCUGCAGGUGCUGCUCACUCCAACGGCUUUCUGUCCGUCAACAAUAACAACAGCAGCGGUGCGGCGGCCCAGUCCAACAACAACCACAGCUCUGAUCCAAACUCCGGAGUCAAGAAGAAGAAACGACUGUCACAGUCCGAGGAGGAUGUCAUCAGACUCAUAGGACAACAUCUACACGAUCUGGGUCUCAAUCAAACAGUGGAGCUGCUGAUGCAGGAGUCUGGAUGCCGCCUGGAGCACCCGUCGGCCACCAAGUUCAGAAAUCAUGUCAUUGAAGGAGAGUGGGAUAAGGCUGAGAGUGAUCUGAAUGAACUGAAGGCAUUAAUGCAUGCUCCCAGUGCAACAGUGCGCAUGAAGUUCUUGCUGUUGCAGCAGAAGUACCUGGAACAUCUGGAGGAUGGGAAGGUCUUGGAGGCUCUGCAGGUCCUCAGAGCUGAGCUCACACCUCUGAAAUAUAACACCGAGAGAAUCCACAUUCUGAGUGGGUACCUGAUGUGCAGCCAUGCAGAGGACCUGAGAGCCAAAGCUGAGUGGGAAGGUAAAGGCAUGGCCUCCCGGACGAAGCUGCUGGACAAACUGCAGACAUACCUGCCUCCAUCGGUUAUGCUGCCUCCUCGCCGCCUACAGACUCUGCUGAAGCAGGCGGUGGAGCUGCAGAGAGAGCGCUGCCUUUAUCACAACACCAAACUGGACAGUGGACUGGACUCCAUGUCUCUGCUUCUGGACCACGCCUGCAGCCGGAAACAGUUCCCGUGCUACACUCAGCAGAUUCUCACUGAACACUGCAACGAAGUCUGGUUCUGCAAGUUCUCCAACGACGGCACAAAACUGGCAACUGGGUCCAAAGACACCACAGUCAUUGUGUGGCAGGUUGACAUGGAAACUCAGCAGCUGAAACUGAUGAAGACUCUGGAGGGGCAUGCCUACGGUGUCUCCUACCUGGCCUGGAGUCCUGAUGAUACCUACCUGAUAGCCUGUGGUCCUGAUGACUGCUCUGAGCUGUGGCUGUGGAACGUACAGACGGGAGAGUUACGAACCAAGAUGAGUCAGUCUCAUGAGGACAGCCUGACCAGUGUGGCCUGGAAUCCAGAUGGAAAACGCUUUGUUACUGGUGGUCAGAGAGGCCAAUUCUACCAGUGUGAUUUAGAUGGAAACCUGUUGGACUCAUGGGAGGGAGUCCGGGUGCAGUGCCUGUGGUGUCUGACUGACAGUCGAACUGUCCUGGCAUCUGACACCCACCAGAGAAUCCGAGGAUACAAUUUUGAGGACCUGACGGACAGAAACAUAGUCCAGGAGGACCAUCCUAUCAUGUCGUUCACAGUCUCAAAAAAUGGACGGUUGGCUCUUCUCAAUGUUGCUACCCAGGGAGUGCACCUCUGGGACCUACAGGACCGUGUGUUGGUCAGAAAGUACCAGGGAGUUACCCAGGGCUUCUACACCAUCCACUCCUGCUUCGGGGGACACAAUGAAGACUUUAUUACUAGUGGAAGCGAAGACCACAAAGUUUACAUUUGGCACCGGCGCAGUGAGCUUCCCAUCGCAGAACUGACCGGCCACACUCGCACCGUCAACUGUGUGAGCUGGAACCCUGUCCUGCCCGGACUACUGGCCAGCGCCUCGGAUGAUGGGACCAUCCGGAUCUGGGGACCGGCCCCAUUCCUAGAUGUUCAAGACACAGAGGGGCUCAGUGAGUGCUGCACCAUGGACAGCUGAUGACAAGCAUGAAGACUGUGGACACUUGAAUGGAUGAAGCGGGAAACGAUGGUGAGAGAUAUCGGACUCUAAUGUGGACCUGGUGAAGCUGGACUGAGGACCUGAUAUGACCCAUAUCCUCCUCCUGCAGGACCACUGGCCUCCUGUGUUCUAAACUAAGUUAUUUAUUCAGCUGCUGACAUACAGCAGUGGUUUUCUUCUCACUCACAUGAGGAAGAUUCAAUGUUUUCUUUGUCUGCUGAACCUUUAAAUGAUGUUAAAUUGUUCUAUUUUAACUGAAAAUUGUGUUUUUUAUUUAAUGAAAACUGUAACUUUCUGAUGUUUGCAGACAGUAUUUAUGAGCAUGUUACACCUGACAGAAGGUUGUUGGCUAGCUAGUUUUCCUUCUCCAUCUGUGAUCAUGCUGAUGCAUUUGCCUUUUUAGAGCAUUCAGAAGUUAUUGUGUAGAGUUCAAAGGAGGCUUUACCUUUUUUUAUUUCUGCCUGCCAUCCCUCCUUUCAUGCUAACAGGUCAUAUCUUCUGUUUUGUUUAGUUCUGUGUUUUAAGUUUAAUUUAUCUUUGUGAUUGUUUUUAAUUUGGUGGCCGUGGGUUAUUAAUGGAAAGUUUUGGAUGUUAAAGCUAGUGUUUUUCCUGUUUUCCCAACAACAAAUAUCAGAAUUCUUCUUUGAAUGCGGCAUGACGAACAUCUCAGGAAACAGUGCUUUCUAUGGGGACCAUCUUCACUGAGGAUUCAUCUCCACCGGUUGCUCCGGUCAGAGCAUUAAUGGAACAAACUUCUCUGUAUUCUUGGACAGCCGUGGAGUUGAAACCCGAUGAUACGAAUAAAAAAUGGCCGACACAUCAGAGAUGACGUGGACAGUUUCCUUUUAGAGUCAGAACUGUCUAGAUGUCUCCUUCCAGCUUUCUCUUCUUCCUACAAGGUUUCAGCUUCACACCAGAUGUUUUUGACUGUUUGAACCAGCAAGCUUUAAUUUUCUGCUGUUAAAAAUAAUUUCUGACUGCAGAAAUUUUAUCCAGACUUCUUCAUGAAGUCCCUCUAGUCCUGGACAGAAACUUGACUGAGGGAACCCUGUUUGUCCAAAUACCACAAGCUUAAACUUUUCAUGGUACAGCUGAGGCGGCGUUGAACAGUAGAUGUCCGUCUCAUUCUAAACUCAGUCCCAGGACUUCAGAGACUCUGAGUGCUUCAUGUCUCACUUUUUCUCUUCUCACUUUAGAAGUCUAAAUAGGAACCGUGUGAGCUUGCUGGCAGUUUCUUCCACAGAUCCUUUUCCAUUUUUAAGAUAAUACAAAGUGAUUGUUUUAUUCAGUAUAGCUGUAGGAUUUUUUUUUCUUUUGUCUGCAUAUUUUAAAUAAAGCAAUCAAGGUUUUAAAUGGAGUUUAGUUUGGUAUAUCUUUAACAGAGUUGUGUGGCUGCAGACCUGAUCAGCGGGAACCUUCCUAUGUCCGUCCUGAGUCUUUAUGGGGUAUUUC